UCAAUGGUUGUUCGUGUACGUAAACGUUACGUGUGUCACAUACUUCACCGUUCUAUAUAAUUUUUCAAAAGUACAUCGUUUUCUUGCUCCUCUCAAUGUGCAUCUAACUCUUUUCUGCAACUAACAAUUAAGUAUGUCGGUGGAUCCUAAUUUAUCACGAAAAUUUAUGCAAGCGUGUCAAAGCGGGGACUUAUCAAGAGUGGAAACUCUAGCGUCGGAACGCAACCUCCAAGAUUGGACGCUCUUCCAACACUCAACUUCCGGUGACACUGCGCUGCACGUUGCCGCGCGAGAGGGUCAUUUGAACGUCGUACGAUAUUUAUGCGAGGCUUUCGACAAACCGGAUUUCAGAGUGGACGUCGCCAAUAAAGAUAUGAAACGGCCGCUACACGACGCCGCGCAAUUUGCUCGCAGCGACGUCGUAAAGUACUUGAUCGAGAAAGGUGCAGAUGUAAAUGCUCUAAGGCGCGCCGAUUGGACUCCCCUUAUGUUGGCGUGCACCAAAACCGGAAGUGAGGCUUGCGAAUGCAUCGCUACUCUCUUACAAGCGGAAGCCAACCCUUUCAUUCAAAAUAAGGAUGGUUGGACAUCGUUGCACAUCGUUUGUCGCGCUGGAGAUCCGAAUGCCCUCGAUUUAUUACUAAAAUCGUCGAGUGAAUGCAUUUCACGAAUCGACGAUCGAAGUAAUAACGGCCGAAGCGUCAUGCACAUUGCUGCGUUCCAUGGUCACAAGAAGAUAAUCGAACGCUUGGCAGCGAUACGUCCGUGUUUAGUGAACGCGCGAGAUUCUUCAGGACACACUCCUGUUCAUGAAGCAAUAAAGGGUGAUCAUCUACCUGCAGCGGAACGAAUUAUCGAAUUAGGGGCUGAUGUACAAGCAACAGACAACGUUGGCCAAACUGUAUUACACGUAGCUGCUUUAGCUGGAAACACUGAUGCUGUUCGGUAUAUUUUAAAUAACAAUUUAAUCGAUAUUCACGCAGAGGCGUCGUUCAACGUGACGCCAUUGGUCGCAGCUCGCAGGAGCAACCACACAGACACGAUCCAAUGUUUGAUAGAGUUUGGUGCUGUGAAAUAAAACUGAGUUCACGAUUUUCGAUACAUGGAAUGUCUCCGUGUACGUACCUCAUUCGAGCAGUGAUACAGUUCGGUUGAUCCAGAGAUUCAGAAUGCAGAGUGAUUCAGAGAGACAAAGACGAGUCACAUUUUAUUCAGA